AUGGCAAAAAGUUCACACCGAGGACGAGGUAAUAUCCGAAGGUUGUUGGAUUCCUUUGAAGUUACUGGUCCGCAAGGAAAACAUAUUGUUCUUGUCUUCGAAGCUGCGCAGAUCAGCUUGCGUGACUUGAAGUUGGUCUUUCGACCGGGUGGGUUCGACGAAGACUUCGUCAGAGGUACUAUUAUUGAGCUUCUUAAAGCAUUGGAUUUCCUUCAUACCCAUGGAGAAGUUGUACAUACAGAUUUCCACCCUGGAAACCUACUCCCUGGCGUCGACGACAAUGAUCUGCUAAAACCUUUUGAGGAAAAGGAAUUAUCAUCUCCAGUGCCUCGCAAGCUGGUCUCGCCGAUGCGGCUUAUUUAUCUCUCGCAUCUCAUGCGACCUAAAGAAGGCCCGAUGCUUCUAUCAGAUUUUGGCGAGGCUAGGAUCGGACCAGGACCACACGGUGGGCGAUAUAGUGCCUCUGGAAUAUCGAGCUCCGGAAACACUGCAUUAUGUGGGGUGGAGCUAUCCUGUUGA